AUGUCAUUGGUGGUGAAGCGGUACCGAUGUACGCACUCUGCGAGCUGUGCUUGCCUCAAGGGCCAUGUCAGGGAGGAUGCAAUGUAUCUCGUGUUCAAACACAUGAAUUGGAACCCGAAGAUGAUUGCUAUCUUAUCCAGCGUAUGUAAGUGGUUUGAUGAAUUUGCCAAGAGGGUGCUCUGGAAGGAAUUCUGCAAUGCCAGGGCACCAAAGAUGAUGAAGGAUUUGCACUAUGAAGGAAGCCAUAUUGUUGAUGGCAACUGGAAGGCCCUAGGAAGCUUCUUAUUUAUUGCAUGGGGUGCCCUAGUGGAGACCUGUUUAGUAAUAUCCAUGACCCAGUCCCAGGGCACUUUGUCUACAGGACCCGUUUUUCUAGGACAUUGGGGAAGAGCUUAUUGGCGCCAAGCAGUGCAGGGUGAGGAAGGUGACUUGGGCCUCUUCCGGGGUAUCUUCAAGUCGUUUGCUGCAUCGAAGAUGAAGAAGAUGUUGAUUGAGAGGCAGGCAAACUUCCAUCCGAAUAAGAUGUGUCCUUAUUGUAAAACAAAGCUAUGGAACUUGAUGCAACCAGACAUGAUCCCAGGCAGUGCUGCUGUGAGAUUGGGUGCAGAAGAUGGUUCUGUUGAGUACUAUGUAUGCCUUAAUGGACACAUCCUUGGUUCAUGCACUCUGAUACCCAUCUCCGAUUCUGAGGACACAAAGGAAGAGUGA